AAAAAAAAAGAAGAAAAAAAAAAGCUCCACCAGUGGACGGUUUCAAGCUCCCCCCGGCUGAAACCCUGCCUGAUUUGUGGGCAAUGUUGGGGAUGUAGAAAAAAAAAAAGGAAACCGGAGUGAAGAGAGCGCAAGGGAGAGAUAGGGAGACAACACUAACCGGGUAGCUAUGGAGAUGGUAGGUUUUCCUGGUAGCUUUCUUUGACAGGUGUCGAGUGGGAUAAAAUAAAAGUACCAGAACAGCCUCCAAGAUGUACGGCAAGGGUAAAGGAGCCGUGGUCCCCUCCGACAGCCAAGCAAGAGAAAAGUUGGCAUUAUACGUGUACGAGUAUCUGCUACAUGUGGGAGCACAGAAGUCCGCACAGACCUUUUUGUCUGAGAUUCGAUGGGAGAAGAAUAUUACAUUAGGGGAGCCUCCCGGAUUCCUCCACUCGUGGUGGUGUGUAUUCUGGGAUUUGUAUUGUGCGGCUCCAGACCGAAGGGAGACAUGCGAGCACUCCAGUGAGGCAAAGGCCUUCCAUGACUAUAGCGCAGCUGCGGCGCCCAGCCCUGUGAUGGGCAACAUGCCGCCCAACGACGCCAUGCCAGGCGGUCCCAUGCCCCCGGGCUUCUUCCAGGGACCACCUGGCUCUCAGCAGUCCCCCCACGCACAGCCCCCCCCACACAACCCCAGCAACCCCAUGAUGGGACCCCAUGGCCAGCCUUUCAUGUCACCACGGUAUCCAGGUGGACCGCGCCCCUCACUCCGAAUGCCAAAUCAGCCCCCGGGGGGGAUCCCAGGGUCUCAGCCCCUCCUGCCAAACAGUUUGGACCCGACAAGACCGCAAGGACAUCCUAACAUGGGCGGACCGAUGAGAAUGAACCCUCCUCGAGGAAUGGCCAUGGGCCCACAGAAUUAUGGAGGUAUGAGGCCUCCUCCCAACUCAAUGGGCGGCCCGAUGCCAGGAAUGAACAUGGGUCCUGGAGGAAGAGGGCCUUGGCCAGGACCUAAUGCUAACUCUAUAGCAUACUCCUCCUCAUCUCCAGGAAACUACGUGGGUCCCCCAGGCGGAGGAGGUCCACCUGGAACUCCCAUCAUGCCCAGCCCAGGUGAUUCUACCAACUCAAGUGAAAACAUCUACACAAUGAUGAAUCCUAUCGGACCGGGCGGCAACAGACCCAAUUUCCCUAUGGGACCUGGGCCUGAUGGGCCGAUGGGAGCUAUGGGAGCUAUGGAGCCGCACCACAUGAACGGAUCACUAGGGUCUGGGGAUAUGGAUGGGUUGCCAAAGAGCUCCCCGAAUAACAUGGGGGGCAUGAACAACCCUCCCGGAACACCGAGAGAUGACGGCGAAAUGGGCGGAAAUUUCUUGAACCCAUUCCAAAGCGAAAGUUAUUCACCCAACAUGACGAUGAGUGUGUGAUUAUUUUUUCCUCUUUGUUGUAUUUUUCUUUAUUUCCCCCCUCCCGCCCCUAUUUUGAAUCCCUACACCUGAUUUUUUUAUUUUUUAUUUCUUUUUCCCCUCCAAAACAAUCCUUGUUUCACCUCGGAUUGGAUCCGCUCCCCUCCCCUCUCACACACACACACACACACACACACACAUACACAAACUCUCUGCCCCCCCUCCCACCCACCGAUACGGGAUCCGCCCCACCCACCCACUCCUUUCCUCUUCUGACUCGGGAACUCUAUGGCUGCACAGCCCUCUGGCGCAGCCCUCGAGCAUGCUGGGACUCUAACUAAGACGGGCCCUCCUGGAGCAUGCAAGAUGGCCUCCGGUCUGAAUAGGAAGCAGUCACAGGGCAACAGGAAGAGCCUCCUCUCUGACUCCGGCCCCGGCCUCCCUGGCUUCCUGUCAGGUUCUAGACAAUGAGCGAGGGGAGGAGGACAAAUGGAGAGAACGGGGGAAAGAGAGAGACAGAGGAGACUGGAUAACGCAGCCGUCCCGUGAAGACGCAGAGUUUGUUCUUUUAGCAGCUGCCUGGAAAUUUCUCAACCAUGACUCUGGACUUUUUAUCGCUAUGGUUUUAUUUGCCGUUCCUCCCGACGGGUUCAGUUGAGGGUUGGAUGAAACGCCCCCCACGUUGUUUACUCUGUGUGUACAUUUUUACCAGAGAUGUUGUGAUGAUCAGUGAACUUUGUUCCCCCUCAUUUUUUUGUGUAUGUAUUGUAUCGAUGCUAUUUUUAUUAUUGUAUAAUUGUUAUUGAUGAUAAUAGUAUGAUUAUUUUAAGGUUAGGUUCUAAUUUCUGUUGUUUCUAAGGGCACAUUAUUAUGAUGAAGACAGCACAUGUGCAAAUAAAUCAGAAAUCAUUUGCUGUGUAACAUGCGGCUACAUGUGAGCACACUGCCCCCUGCAGGUAAGAUUUCAUCCAUCACGGUACUGAUUGGCCUUUUUUUUUUUUCUUUUUUUUUUUAGCAACCUUAAAAUAUUUUUAACUCCUUGUUCAAUAAUCCAAACCAGAAGAAGAAGCGCCUCCUGUUUUAGUAGCUUCCAUGCAGUGAAAUGCACAGCUCUAUUUAUUUAUAUACUUUAAAUUUGUCUUAUGAAUAAUUGUUACUUUUUUUAAAGUGUUAUCCCUGUUAUGUUUUUAGUUCUUUUUGUUGGUAAUUGCAGAACUAGUAGCAACUGUGUAAAUAUGCAGACCAAGUCAGCAGCGUCUCCUCAUCUCUGUUUGACAUCAUUAGACACACUUUCUGAGCCCUAAAGGUGCUGAUGUCCCCCAACUCUCCCCCCACCUCCCCAACACACACACACACACUCGUGCUGCUUCCACUAAAGCCGCCCACUUAGGUUUGCGUUCCCUCUGACCUGCUCAGGCUGCGUUAUCAUCUUUGCUGAGCUGUAGUGAGCACUUGGAUAGUUUUUGUUGAUGAGUCCUCAACACACUGUGAUGUAUGUCUGUGCUUUAUGGAAAUUUGCUUUUACACACCUGUUUUAGGCUGCAGACACGCUGUCACACAUGCUCCUACUGAAAGGUCGUCUGGCUCUCUGCUGAUCAGUUUGUUUGUUUUUUUUCGUGACGGAGCAAAGCAGGAAGAGGAGCGGCGUGGCUCUGUAGACUGUAACCAUCGUCCUUCCUCCCUUUGCCCACCUCAAAGCAAAAUACCUCCGUCCCUUUCCUCUUUCUCACCUUUCCAACGGGCCAGCAUUGACACUCACGCCACCCUCUCUGAUUUAUUUUUUGUACAAGCCUCACCAUCUUUGGAUUUAAUUUUGUUGUAAAUACUGUAAAAUGCAUUUUGAUAUCAUUGACAUGUUUUGAUAUUUUCAAAUCACAGCAGCAGUCGAUCAGAAGCGUGCUGAUUGGUGGCUGUGUGUUUGUCCAGAGACUGUGUGUCCUUGAUAAGCAUCAGAAACUGGAGCUGCUAUAGACUAUUAUGCUAUUUCACCUCAUCACAGACAGACGCGGCAGCGCGCAUCAGAGCGGAAGAGCGUUGAGGGAGGAGCAUUUCUGAAGUGCGUGUGUUUGAUCGCCUUUAGUCACUCACUGUCACACACAUUUCCUCGAGGAAUCGUUUAUCUAAACACGAUUCUUGUCCAGAUGUGUCUCUCUCUCUCUCUCGCUCUCCUCUGACCUAUGAUGUUCUUGGCACAUUUUUGACUGAGGUGGCAAAAAGCCCCCCAAAAAGGGGCAUAUUUUUCACUAACAGAUUUGCAAGAACCAAACGAGAGUACAGUUUUUCGUAAUAGAACUCACCCACGUCUCACUCUGAUUAAAGUGCGUUUAUCUUCCCUCUUGACCUGAUUGAAACCGACACACCAGGGACCAGAGUAAAGACAUUACUAUGAAGGAUUUUCUAAAAAUCUAUUUAAAAUGAGCUGGGGAGAAAGGUUUUUGGGAAAGUAAAGAGGAAAAAAAAAAUGAAGGGACAGGUUUGUUCUGGUGGCUGAUAGAGGGAGGAACAGGCGUUUCCUUCCCUGUACUUUUGAAAUACUGUUCUAUAAAUUGCAGUCAAACUUCUCUCUAUCUUUCUGUCCUGUAAGUAAAGCCGUCACAACGUUGAUCAUUUCUGUAUUUCUAUUGUGCUGAUGUAUAAUACUGUAACAUUCAGGGGUAGGGAGGGUAAAGAGAGGAUUUCUUUUGUGGGGAGUAAGAAGUUUUCUGUUCAGUUCCUAAUUUUUUCCUCUUGAUGACAAAGCAGUAUUGAAUAUGAGGCAGUCUGUCCUUGGGGAGUUGCUUUGUAUGUCAUGUUAGGGUAGUUUCAGAUCCUAAAUGUCUCGUGUAGUAAAAUGAGAGGUUCCUUCUUCGUAUGUUUCUUUAUAUUGUAAAGUUUCUUUAGACAAAAAAAUGUUGCUUAUUGGAAAAAAGGUGGGAAAACUGCAUUGGUAAUGUUUUAUUUUGUUUUUUUUGCUUUUCUUUUCAUUUUCAUCAAGUUGUCAGUUGUUUUGCCUGUGUCCCCCUUGUUGUAGAUACAUAUUAAAAACAAAUAAAAUGACUUCACUCCUUUUGCCAUGAA